AUGACCAACCCCAGCUCUGCCUUCUCCAGCGGCUCGCUGUGCUCCGGGGAGGCGGCGGCGAGGAUGAGCCGCGGCAGAGCCGCCGGGAGCCCGAGCCCGGAGCGCCGCAGCCCCGACGGCGGCACCAGCGACGGGCACGGCUCCCUGGGCAGCGACGGGCACGGCUCCCUGGGCAGCGGCUCCCCGGGCAGCCGGCGCUGCUCGCCCUUCCCCGGCGAGGGGCGGCUGCCGCCCCCCGUGCGCCUGGACAUCGACACCGAGUUCCAGGCGGUGCGGCAGCAGGAGAAGGAGGACAUCAAAGUGCUCAACAACCAGUUCGUGACCCUCAUCGAGAAGGUCCAGAGCUUGGAGCAGCAGAACAAGAUCCUGACGACCAGGUGGAACUUCCUGAAGGACCAGGACAAUUCCCACUCUGACUCGGACAUCAAGGCCAUCUAUGAGCAGUAUGUGAGCAAAAUGAACCAGGAGAUGAAGGCGCUCAACUACGAGCAGGAGAACCUGGAGUCGGAGCUGGCGAAGGUGCUGAGCACCAUGGACGCCUUCCGGAGCAAGUAUGAAGAUGAAAUUCGCCUCUGCAGUGGGAUGGAAUUCACCUUCAUGGAGCUCAAAAAGGAUUUGGAUGUGAGCACCUUGCACCGCACGGAGCUGGAGGUGAAGCUCAAAGGGCUCCAGGAGCUGCUGGAGCUGAAGAAAACCAUCUAUGAGCAGGAACUGGAGGAGCUGCUGACGGAAAUCAAGGACAUUUCCGUGGUGCUGGGGAUCGACAGCUGCUCCCGGCCGGACCUGGGCAGGAUCGUGGAGGACGUCAGGGCCCAGUACGAGGCUCUGGCCCUGCGCAGCUGGGAGGAGGCUGAGGCCCUGACCCGGAGGAAGCUCACCGACAGCAGCUCCCAGCCCGGCUCCUUCGGGGGGCACCUCCUGGACAGCCGGCGGGAAAUCGCGGAUCUGAACAUCCGCAUCCAGAAACUGCGCUCCUGCAUCGUGUCCCAGAAGAGCCAGUGCCUGUACCUGGAGGAGCACAUCCGCGAGGCUGGCGAGCAGGGGGAGGGGACCCUGAGGGACGCCAAGGCCAAGGUGGCGGGGCUGGAGGAGGCCCUGCAGCGCAGCAGGGAGCACAUGGCUCACCUGGUCCGCGAGUACCAGGAGCUCAUGAACAUCAAACUGGCCCUGGACGUGGAGAUCCUCACCUACAGGAAGCUCGUGGAAGGGGAGGAGAACAGCAUGGAGCAGCCCAUCCCCACCAUCAUCAGCGCCGUCCACUCCCGGCCCCGGCCUCUUUCUGCCAGCACCCUGCGCAACUCGCGGCUCUUUGCGCGGGGCUCGGGGCCCACGGAGCCCAGCGGAGGCGGCCCCGGCAGGGACCAGGACGUGCCGGGGGCUCCGGGGGCUGCGGACACCGGGACCCGGCCCAAGCUCAGCGCCGGGGCCCCCGGGGAGUGCUCCUAG